CACGUCGCCAGCACGUGGACAGUUCCAACGUGGCGACCAAGGCGAGAGGCAUGAAGGCGGUGAGGACGGUCGUGAGUGCGAUGUGGCUGGCGGCGAUGGCAAUGGCCACUUCGAUCUAUGACUUUACCCUAAAGACUGCGAAUGGCGAAGACUACCCCCUCUCGAACUACGACCACACGCCUGUGAUCCUUGUCGUCAACGUCGCGAGCGAGUGCGGGUUCACCGACAUCAACUACCGAGCGUUGCAGAAAUACUACGACGAGUACCACCAGUUUGGAUUUGAGAUCGUUGCCGUCCCAAGCAAUCAGUUUGGCGCGCAAGAACCAGGCACGUACGACGACAUUGUCCAGUUUGCCAAGACCAACUACAACGUCGGCUUCCGAAUCUUCGACAAGGUCGACGUGAAUGGCCCGAACGCUCACCCGUUGUACACUUGGCUGAAAGCCAACGUCCCUGACGACGACGGCCGCGACGUUGCGUGGAAUUUUGAAAAGUUCCUUGUUGUGGACGGGAAGCCUUGGAAUCGCGUGGCCCACAACGUAAAUCUAGACAAGGUCGAAGACAAAAUUCUGUACGCCCUCGCCCACGAAGCGGAUUACCACCACCUGGACGACCAUCAUGUCGACGAUGACGACGAUAGCCACGAUGAACUCUAACCUCAAUCGAUCGCGCCUCCAAGGUCUCUCUUGUCA